AUGGCCGACAAGAACCUAUGGCACGUUCUUGAGGUUGAGAAGCAUAAGCAAACGUCUCAUGGCAAUGUAUGCCUAUACAUUUCUUGGAUCGGGUCUCCUGAACGAUCGUGGGAGCCUGAAAGUCGCAUGAUGCGUGUCGCGCGGGCAAUUGUGGAGGACUAUUGGAUUGCCAAGGGCGGCCGCGAUAAGGUAAUGAAGUCGGUCGCUGUGAGGCCGAAUAGACGUCGUCGCCGAUUCCGAAACGCGGCAGCGGCUUGGGAGACAUCAGUCAACGCGCAGGCGGGCGAAAUGAGGCCAGACAGGCCAACAGCAUGGAAAAGAGACUUUGAUGGUCAUCAGAAGCUUGGCGAGGUGGCGGAUGAGGUAGCGCUAGCGGUGUUGGAGGCUGGGAGGAGCCCGGCGAGGACUGAGCGUGUCGCGCACGAAGAUGAACAGCCAGCGAACAGCGACAUGCAGCCGCCAAGGAAGCGCCGUCGUCUGUCCUGA